AUGUCACUUGUUAUUUCUCCGAUAACGGUCCAUGAGUUCGACCUAGCAACAGCUCAAGGUACUCAUACUUAUGUCUCUAAUGAUCUCGAUAUCUGUGUUGAGAAUGAUAGUGGUACUUAUACUCCUGUCUCUCAUAAUAUUGCAAAACUAAUGAUAGUAUUGAACAGCAAAACUAAUGAUAGUAGUGAUGAUUGUACCAAGAAAGCUGUGUGCAAUGCUGAUAUGGCUGGGAAUGAACGAAUUAAGGCAACAAUUCCAGAUAAUACUAUUAGUUCUGAGACUCUCUCCCGUCACAAAACUCAACACAAUUUGGGUUCUUCUCUCCAUGGCUGUGAACAGAGAUUGGCCUCUCCAUUAGCUAGAUGUGAAAAAUGUGUUUCUCGAUGGUUAGGAUCAGGAAAGAUUGAUGUUCUCAUUGUAUAUGUGGAUGAUAUUGUAUUAUCCAGAGAUGAUGUUACUGAGAUUGACAGGCUGAAAAAGAAAAUGGCUGAGGAGUUUGAGAUUAAAGGCCUUGGGAGAUUAAGGUACUUUCUAAAAAUCGAAGUAGCACAGUCAAAAGAGGGAAUUUUCGUCUCUUAA